UAUUUGACAAUGCUUAAAUAGUUUCAGAUCUUCGGUGUCGUGUUAGUCUAGUUAACGUGCUCAGAGUGUGUGUGUGUGUGUAUUGGCUUUUGUUUCGGUCUCCAGUUCCACAAUACAAAAAUGAAUAUCCCAACAUACAGAGCUAGAAAAAUUCUAAACAGCUUAGAUAAUACAAGGAAAAAAGAGGAUAAAGAAGAUGAAUAUGAAUAUGAAAGUAGUCCCGCUCCAUCGAUUUCUGGUGAUAUGUCGUUCCUCGAUUUCGAUUCCGAUGACUCGAUGAAGGAUCCCACAUUUAAACCAGAAGUUAAAGAUAAGCAAACGACAUUUUUCGAUCUUCAAAAAACUGAGGAUGUAUUGACAAUAGAGAAAAAUAAUGAAAAAGAGUUAGAAAAAAAGGAAGUUAAAAAGAAAGAAGAACAAAAUAACGCUGCAGUGGAAGAAAUUAUGAGAUCGGAUAUCGUUUCCACUGAUGAACAGCUAAAUGAAAAGUCCCCUAAAAUUGUUAUCCUGAGUAACAUUGAUGUGUCCAAUUUCAAUCAAAUAUCGGAGACUCAAACUAAAACAACAACGAAAAAAAAGAGAACAAAGUGUAAGUUUUGUCAGACAGAUGUAACAAAUUUUGAGAGGCAUCUUGAGCGGAACCACGAUGAUACUAAAGAGGUACAAGAUAUGAUGUCUUUUCCAAAAAGCCAUCCUGAAAGGAAAAAAAUUCUAAGUUUGUUGAGAAAUGCAGCAAAUUUUACAGAGUAUCUUAAAGGCAAUGUACAGCCUAAGUAUCAUUAUAAGACAGAAUCUAAAGAAUAUUACCCAUGUUCACGCUGCAAAGCAAUGCUGUCUAAAUCGUAUUUGUCACGUCAUAAAAAAAACUGCAUACUGAAACACACGAAUAAUAAUGAAAUUCGUAAGAUGAAUUCACUAGCAGCAUCACAAACAUUAAUAGCUAGUUCUUUUGAUGAUAAUAGUGGAAAAGGUAGUAGACCCAUAGCUAUUCUAUUCCCUCAAACAUUACAAACCUAUAUAGAUUUCUUUGUUAAAAUCCGCCAAGAACAUCACUUAGUACCCGAAAAUAAUCCAUAUUUAUUUGGGUGUCCUGGAACUUCGAAGUGGACAAGAGGGGAUGUUAUUAUACGGAAAUUUGCCCAAGAAGCUGAUCUAGAAUUUCCCAAACAAAUAUCUUCUAACAGAUUACGGAAGCAAAUUGCAACGGUAAUGCAAAUUCUUAACCUUAGUAAGGAAGAGAGUGAACAAUUCGCCCACUUCAUGGGACAUACUGAAAAAACCCACAAUGAAUUUUAUAAGCUGCCACAAGAUGUGUACCAAACCGCAAAAAUUUCCAAACUCCUAAUGUUAAUGGAAAAGGGCGUUGACAAGUAUAAAGGAAAGUCGCUAAAUGAAAUUAAUAUUAAUCCAAUGAGUGAAUUUGCUGAAGAAGAAUCAGAUAAUGAAGAUAACGAUUUCCUAGAUGCAAAUGAAUCUGACUGUACGGCAUUUCAAGCAAUCCCGGAAGAAGAAAGUCGACCAGUAUCGAAGAAGAAAAUAUCAGGGAGGACAUUCUGGACUUCUGAACAGGCUCUUCUAGUGAAAAAACAUUUCAAGUCCCACAUUAGCACAAAAAAGGCCCCCAAAAAGAAUGAAUGCAUGCAGUUAAUAGGAAAGUAUCCCGAGAUAUUCCAUGACAAAGACUGGGUUCGCGUGAAAACUUUUGUCUAUAAUAUCUAUAGAAAUAAGUGA